AUGACAGUUUCCUACGCUUUAUCUGUAUCUUCUGCUCGUUAUUCAGCCUUUUUGAGAUUACUUCGAAAAUGGAAAGGAUCAGUUGUGAAGGCUGUUUGGGCGGAGCUUCUUGUUUGGAUCUGUUUAUAUGCUACGAUUUCUAUUAUUAUUUUCUGGAUCAUUCCCACGCAAUAUAGAACGGCUCUGAACAAAGAGGCUGCUCGCUUGGACAAUUUACUUGGAAUACUGGACAUCAAGUUCAUGCUCGGUUUCUUUGUAACAAUAGUUGUCGAUCGAUGGAAAACUAUUUUACAGAACAUUAGUUUUAUUGAAACAGUUGCUCUGUCAGUGAGCACAAUUAUUAGAGGAACAGAUGACAAUUCUCGUUUAGCCAGAAGAUCGAUUAUUCGGUAUUUGGUCUUAUCGCAGGCAAUGGUGUAUCGAGACAUUUCAAUGAGAGUCCGUCGACGUUUUCCCACAAUGAAAAGUUUAAUGGAGGCAGGAUUUAUAUUUGAAAACGAGCUUCAUGAAUUGGAACAGACUGAAACAGGAUACAACAAAUAUUGGGUUCCAGUCAACUGGUGCAACUCGAUUGUAUGGAGAAUGCAGGAGCAAAAGUAUAUUGAGGCUCCAGUGUCAACUAAUAAUGUUUUGAAUAACAUUCGAGAUUUCCGAACUCAACUCGAAAACUUGUGUAAAUUUGAUUGGGUGCCAAUCCCCAUAGCCUAUCCACAGAUUGUAUUCCUCGCCGUUCGAAUUCACUUCUUUUUCACAUUGUUCACGAGACAAUAUAUUCCAUUGGAAACUGACGAAUUCCUGUGGUACAGAUGUAUUCCAUUGAUUCCUGCGACGUCGUUCUUUCUUUAUUUGGGAUGGAUGAAAGUGGCAGAAGCACUUUUGAAUCCAUUCGGAGAGGAUGACGAUGAUUUUGAGGGGAAUUGGGUUAUUGAUAAGAAUAUUAAGACAGGGAUGCAAAUAGUCGACGAUAGUCACGGAGAAUGUCCAAUUCUCAACAUCGAUCAGUUUUCUGAUCCUAAAUUUGGUCCGAUGUACCCUAGUAUUCUCGUAGAACAUCCUCAUGUUUAUCAAGGAUCAGCAGCCGAUGUUGUUAUUCCGGAAUCAGAAAAGUCAAAAAUGGUUCACGUGGAUAGCAAGACGAGUGUCGCAUCUGGAGAAUCGAAAGAGAGACAAUCGUCGAUUCGAAGAAGAUUCCGAAGAUUGAGUAGUCGAUUGAACCUUAGAAGAAGUGAAUCUCAGCCACCACACUCAAAAGGUCAGACUAUAAAAUCGCCUGGUGCCGAGAGUACUCAUAGUGCUUUUAGUAAUUUACAAUUCGUAACUGAAGAAAACGAGGAUCCAAGAUUCGAAUUGAGAAUUGACAUGGACGAGAAUAGUGAUAAAAAAGAUAAAAAAGAUAAUAAACUGCCAUAA